GGGACGAGGAGAAACGAGGAUUUGUUUCCAUGGUAGAUAAAGUGCGCUUCCUUUGUUUCCCGCUUGCCCUCUCCUCUUUGCGACACCGACCCGAUAGAGAAGACGAAUUUCACAGUGCUUAGUCGAUCUGCAUCAUCCCAGCCCAUCGAAAGGGUCGCAUAUCGUCAGACUCAGUCAAGCGCUUCCCCAAGUUUCCUCUGCUUCACCAUCCACUCGAGGUAUCAGCGACGAGGAAGAGCGAUCGACGAACCGGAGCGGAUCGCAGGCGCAUCUCGGGAAUAUUUUAAUCUUUACCUGGGAGCGGGAAGGAAAGUCGCCGGGAAAAAGCAGAAAAGGCGACAGAGGCUCAACAAACGCGGUGCUGAACGACGCCUCGAUGGCGUCCACGUCACAACUCAGGAUCAACGGCGACAGACCGAGUAGAAACAACAGCAGCAUGCCAUCGAAGGCGAAGAGAAGACGGGCGGGGGCUAACAGCUGGGCAGUAGCAUCGGCGCUCGUUGGUCUACUGGCGGCUUCACUCUUGGGCUUGACGAACGCUUCUCCCGUCACCGAUGCUUAUGGCCGAGCCACCAACUCCUUGGAGCGGAGAGAUCGGACAAACUACACGGAUCCAAACGAUCAUGGGGGCCAGAUGCUCACUAUCAUCCCAAAUGUGCCGGGCUUGGGUGAGCCAAUCAAUGUCAUCGUCUCGGGCCUCUCCGAUGCGUCGGUUUUGAGCAUCGAAGGGUUCUUGCUUUGGGCCACCUCGAUCAACUUUGGCGUCUCAUGCCUGGGCCAGGCGAAUGGCACCAAUCAGCUGGCCAACCUCGGCGACGGAAAAGGCAAUGUAACCCAGGGUACGGGCGAUGGCGACAAUGGUGUACUUCGAUGGAACUACGGCGAUGCCUAUGUGGGCACUUGCAAGGAGACAUUCCAGGGUGGAAACCAUUUCAGAUGGUGGAGACAGGCCGGCACCAAUGCCUUUUUCUUGGCGUCAAGUGUCGAGCUGGACCUUUCGACGAGUCACAUGAUUGCCCAGAAUGGCUACAAUGCUGGGAGGGACGAGCUGGUCGGCAACGCCACGGCUUCCAAUGGGACAAGGUGGGAGGCCUACAGCUACAACACGACCGUCGAAUGGGUGCCGGCGGGUGUGCUGCUCAACGCUACGACCGAUGGGAUCAACCACCCUCAGAUUGCCCUUGAGGGUCAGCCAGCCCAAGAUGGGCGCAUCGCUGUCCUAACGGUCAAGCAACUGACCAGCGGCCGUGACUCGGCCAUGAGCUUCAUGCGAGCUCCUCCAAUCUUGCUCUCCAUCUUGGCCGCCCUUCUCAUCGGCUUAAUUACCUUUGCAUAGACUUUGCUCCCCCUCCCUUUCCCUGCUCUACCCUCAAUGUUCAUUAGGAUUCAUUGUCAUUAUUCUCGCCUUCCGUCGCUCCCGUCACCUGGCUUCUUACCUACUUGCAAUUAGAGACGAUGUUGAGCAUA